AUGACGAAUCUGUCUGCUCCAUGGAUGGAUGAUGGCGGUUUUGCUAACAACACAGAAGACCAAACCGUCAAACUCCCGUCUUCAGUAUCAGCCCUGGAACGAUAUAUCGAAGCCAUUUUGCUUUCUAUAGGUUCAGCAAUGGGUAUUAGCGGUAACUUACUCGUAAUAGUUGCCGUGCGUCUGUCGAGAAAGCUUCAAACCAAGGCUAAAAUAUUGAUAGCUCAUCUCGCCAUUACGGAUUUCAUAAUUAGUGGGUUUGUGAUACCAUUUACCCUACGAGCAGUGGUACGUGAUUAUUGGCCAUUUUCGUCUGUACUGUGUACCAUCAUCAGCUCGACGACGCAUUCGCUACUCAUGGCGACGGCUUUUUUUCUUUCCGCAAUUGCGCUUAACAGAUACUUUGUCAUUACUAAACCAAUUGCGUUUUACCGAAAAAUGUACGGAGGAAGAAAACUGUACAUCUGGUCUAUAACUAUAUGGAUUGGGUCAUUCAGCUUUCCAGCAUUUCUAACCAUCAUUGGCAUUGGUCAACGAGGAUACAACAUCGAUUUGAACAUGUGUGAUAUGGACUAUUCAUUCCAAACCACACCAACGUACGUUAAAAUAAUGUCUAUGGUAUGUUUCCCUGGGCCCAUCAUAAUUAUGAUCAUCUGCUAUAUUGGUAUUUUCCGGCACGUUCGCCUUAACUCCAAAAAGGUGAGGCCAACUGUAAGUACGGUACACGUACAACAAUUGCAACACAUGGAUUCCGAACCAACAGGCAUUACACCACCUCCAACGCCGCCAAGAAAAAAAACCAAACCAAUUCCAUCAAAAGAGAUCAAAAUGGCUAAGAUAUCUGUAUUGCUAGUUAUUCUGUUUUGUUUAUCAUACGGUCCUUUGGUGCUGGUUAACUUACUGGAUCCGACACGUACCAUAUCGCCGUUGCCAAUCCGUCGGAUUUGUAAGAUUUUGCCCUUGCUUAAUAGUGACGUAAAUCCAUUGAUUUACGUCUGGAAUGACGGGGAAUUUCGUCACGUGUUUUACUGUAUUGUCACGUUUAGAUUUCGAAAGAUUCCAGAAAGGGUAUUUUGGACGAUGUAG